CUCGGUCGCUCCCUUGUUUUUCUCCCGUGCGCGAGGAGACAGGGGCGGCGCAUCUGGAUCUCGGCGGCGCCGCUGCCGCACCCGCGCCCGCUCCCGGUUGGCGGCGAGCAGAUCGGCACCGGCCGCGCCGUCCUCCACACCGGCGACCUGAACAGAAAGGAUACCAACUUGUAGUGAAGAAAUAAUGUUUCCACUAGGUGCCAUGUCAUGUGAACAAUGAUGCAGAAGAUCAUGGAAUUCAUUGCACAGCAAAUAUGGAGCUUUCUUUGAAGCACGAGUUGCAAGCAACUGCGGAGGAAAGUACAAAAAAAAUAGUGAACUAAUCACAUAAAACUUGCUUUGGUAAAAGGUCAAUUGGUGGCUUACAAUGGCUCAGCAGAAGGCUUCAAUUCUGUUGAGUAAUUCAACAGUUGUUGACGCCAAACCCUUGCGUACGUUGACCCCUAUGUUCCCUGCACCACCAGGGCUCCACACAUUCACCCCUCAAAACUCACCUUCAUUUGUCUGUGUGACCCCAUUUGGACCGCAUGCUGGAGGCACGGAACUGGGAAUGCCGGCUGGUGUUCCACCAAUGUUAGCAGCACCUGCUGCUCCUGCAGAACCUUGUCAGAGACAGCCUCAGAGGGUUAAUAUGAAUGGAGCUUCUCAUGCUAAUGGUACUGCAAUAAACAGUUGGGUCACUCCCUCGCAAACUCCUCCCUCAGCUGCCACUCCUUCCUUGCAAACUCCUCUGUCAGCUGCCACACUGGAAUCCAGUAAGAGGAAGAGGGGCAGGCCCAAGCGUGUUCCAGAUGCUACUGUUCCUUCAGCUCCUUCAGUUCCUCCAGCUCCUACUAUUCCUCCAAUUCCUUCACUUCCUUUGGUUCCUUCAGCUCCUCAAGGUGGGAAUGUUCUUUCCCCAAUGCCUUCUGCAGCCAUCUCACAGGAAGGUGGCAAGAGGAAGAGGGGACGGCCCAAACGUGUGCAAGAUGUUCCUGUCCUGUCAGCUCCUUUAGCACCUCAAGCAGAUAAUACACCUGUUCUUCAGACACUUCCUGCACCCACUGUACAUGAAUCUGGUACGAGGAAAAGGGGGCGUCCCAAAUGUUUGCAGGAUAGUUCAGAUACUCCGACUCCUCCAAUUCACUCAAAAGAUAAUGAGCCCACUUUUCAGACACCUGCAACCACCUCACCUGAAAGUGGUAAAAGGAAGAGGGGACGUCCAAGGCGUGUGUCAGAUGGUUCAGCAACUCCAAGUUCAAUAGAUGAUGACACUGUUGAUGCGACAAAACGUGGACGACCUAGGAAAAUUGACACCACUCUUUUGCAGCUUCCAUCAUUGUCUUCAGAUGAUCCUCGGGAAUCUACAGAUAAUGUACUCUUGAUGUUUGACGCAUUGCGGCGGAGGCUUAUGCAGCUGGAUGAGGUGAAGCAAGCUGCAAAGCAGCAACAUAACUUGAAGGCUGGGAGCAUCAUGAUUAAUGCUGAACUUCGUGUCAAUAAGAAUAAGCGGAUUGGAGAGGUUCCAGGUGUUGAUGUUGGUGACAUGUUCUACUUCAGAAUUGAGAUGUGCCUGGUGGGGCUGAAUAGUCAGAGCAUGGCAGGUAUUGAUUACAUGUCUUCCAAGUUUGGUAAUGAGGAGGAUCCUGUGGCUAUUAGUAUCGUGUCAGCUGGUGUGUAUGAUAAUACCGAAGAUGAUCCAGACAUUCUAGUUUACACUGGACAGGGCAUGUCUGGUAAGGAUGAUCAAAAACUCGAGAGGGGUAACCUUGCAUUGCAGAGGAGUUUGCAUAGAGGUAAUCCGAUUAGAGUCAUUCGCAGCAUAAGAGACUUGACUUGUCCAACUGGCAAGAUAUACAUAUAUGAUGGUCUUUACAAGAUCAAAGAAGCUUGGGUGGAGAAAGCGAAAUCUGGUUUCAAUGUUUUUAAACACAAGUUACUCAGGGAACCUGGCCAACCUGAUGGCAUUGCAAUGUGGAAGAAAACUGAAAAAUGGAGGGAAAAUCCAUCAUCUAGAGACCAUGUUAUAUUGUCCGACAUAUCAUAUGGUGUGGAAAGGUACCCUGUUUGCCUUGUAAAUGAGGUUGACGAUGAGAAGGGUCCUAUCCACUUCAUCUAUAUGACUAAAUUGAAAUAUGGGAACUUGCUGAGCUCAAUGACAAAGAUGCAAGGAUGCAAAUGCUGCGCAAGUGUAUGCCUCCCUGGUGAUAACAACUGCACUUGUACGCACCAAAAUGCUGGUGACCUUCCUUACAGUGCUUCAGGCAUACUUGUUAGCCGCAUGCCUAUGUUAUAUGAGUGUAAUGAUUCCUGCACUUGUUCACAUAAUUGCCGCAACCGAGUUGUACAGAAAGGUACCCAGAUCUAUUUUGAAGUGUUUAAGACAGGAGAUCGUGGUUGGGGCCUUCGUAGUUGGGACCCGAUUCGAGCUGGAACAUUUAUCUGUGAAUAUGCAGGUGAAAUUGUUGACAAAAAUAGUGCGGAUGGAGAAGAUGAGUACAUCUUUGAGGCCCCUCCUUCCGAGCAGAACUUAAAAUGGAACUAUGCGCCAGAAUUACUGGGUGAACCUAAUCUGUCCAACUCAAAGGAGACACCCAGGCAAUUACCAAUCAUCAUUAGUGCAAAACGAACCGGCAAUGUAGCCCGCUUUAUGAACCACAGCUGCUCGCCCAAUGUUUUUUGGCAACCAGUUUUGUACAAUCAUGGCAAUGAGGGAUACCCACACAUUGCUUUCUUUGCAAUUAAGCAUAUUCCUCCAAUGACUGAGCUCACAUAUGAUUAUGGCCAGAGCCAAGGUAAUGAACUGCUGGGAUCCAAUUCUGGCUGUCGAAAGGCAAAAAAUUGCUUUUGUUGGUCUCGCAAGUGCAGAGGUUCCUUUGGCUAAAUAAUCAACCCCAUAAAGAAUGAAUUGGGUCAUAAUUGCCAUUACAAGAGUGUUUUCUGGUGAACUAAAAUGUCUUUACCACCAGCAGCAGCUGUUCGUCAUGGUAUGUAUGAACCAGCUGAGGUUCUCUAGGUGUUCCAUGCACCAUCGAAUAAGUCUGCCCACUUUUGGUGCUUGAAUACAAAAGUGCGUGUUUCUUGCACAAAGCAAUGUAUUAUAUUUUUCUUGUGUUAACUAGUCUUUAGGCAUCACCUGAGAAGGAUGUAUGGAUAUGCUCUUCAUAGUGUACUGUUUAGUUACCUGCUCCUGUUAUGACCAACCAUCAAAAUUUUAGUGGUUGUAGAACGGCAUGUGUAGUUGAAUGCAUGCCAGCAUUAGGACAUCUAGGCUCGCUAAUUUUCCAUUGGUACAAUUAUCUUUCUUGAAAAAGUACCUACUCCCUCUGUCCCCUGAA